ACAUAACCUACAAACAGAGACAGAGAAAUGAAAAUGAAAAGCGUGAAUAGAUGAUAAAGUAAUAAGAAGACUCUCAUAGCAUGACAUAUUGGAAAAGAUGUGAACUGGUAAAAUUGUUCAAAAUAUUGAAUUUAUAAUCUAGCAAGAACAAAAUUUGAAUUGAUAACAGUGACAAAAAUGAACUUGGAAUAUAAUAAUUAUAAUUUCAUAGGAACAGUUAUUGUGAUAGAAAUAUAGUUCUAUGUCUAUCUAUGGUUGAUGUAUUCUAUGUGUUCUAAUAAAGAAAUGUGAGAUCAAGCUGCUUCAAAAUUCAAAGACAAGAUGGUUCUAUCUACAAAGCAGAAGAAAGCUGCUCAACAGAAAAACGACAGUAGGAAACAGAAGACAUUCGAUAAGAAGCUUGUCAUCAAAGCCAAACGCCAGAAAAAUCCUCUAGCACCGUUUGAAGAGUUUCACAAAUAUGAAAAUGAUGAUGGACAAUUCAAAAUUAGUUGCAAGAGAUCAGUUGAAGUCGAUCCAGAGAUGUGGGAGUGGCUUUUCGGUUUGGAAGAAAAGAAUAUGAAGAAAAUGUAUACUGAGAGCGAAUGGGGGUGGGACUUUGAGAAGAAAAAGCAAGAAAUGACUGAUGUUUCAGCGUAUUACUUGAUUGCCACCUCUGCUAAGGGUGAGCCAGUUGCUUUCUCUCAUUUUAGAUUUGAUAUGGACUAUGGAGAGCCUGUUCUAUAUUGUUAUGAAAUCCAACUUGAAGCCAAUGUUCGCCGAUUAGGAUUAGGUAAGUUCAUCAUGAAUGUAUUGGAAAGAAUAGGGUUUGCUAAUAAAAUGGAAAAAGUGAUACUGACUGUUUUCAAGAAAAAUGAUGAAGCUCUAAAAUUCUUCUAUGCUCUCGGUUUUAAACUUGAUGAAACAUCUCCCGAUGAAGAUGAACGAAAGUGCUACGUAAUUUUAAGUAAACCGAAGACUGAUCCUACUGAUGAAAAAGUUUGAAUUUAUUGAUAGGUAAUUUAAGUACUCGUAAUACACUUCAUUGAAUUAUUGCAAUUUAAUUUGAGACAAGAGCGCUGUUGAGCUCAUGGAAAAAAGCUUAUAAAAAUAAAAUUGGUAUUUUUUCAAAUUAA